AGUAAGAGCUAUGCAGGAAUCCUUCUGUGAACCAUAGAAAUAAUAAAUGCUGAGCCCAUUGGAACAUAAUCUCAAUCAGCAAGAUGCCACUGCCUUCCAGAUUUCCUCACAGGCCCUGCUAAUUCCAUGCCAAAACUAGCAGUGGAUUUCUUCCUUCUAAUCUCCCCUAAUGCCUUAUUCGAUUAUUGUCACUGCUCUCCGACCGUGCACUGUCCCUUCAGAGGCUUCAUUUCCCAACUGAGUUAGGUGGAGCAGGUUGGGUGUCUCCAGGACAUAGUCUAAGACCACAAACCACCUCAUUCCAUGUGAAAAGACAGAAACAAGAACAAAGACGGCCUGGGGACUCCUCAAAGUUUUUCUGACAACCUCCUCAACUGUUGGAUUACUGACUGGAAGCAAGCAAGGAAGCAGGACAUGAGGGGUUUGGAGGAUUUCUCUAGUUGAUUGGCAAAGGAGAGCUGGUCCAGGGGGAGGAAUAAACCAGGAGAAGGGUGAAAUGGGCAUUUCAGUGAACCGUAGGAUGGUGUUACUUCUGCCCUGGCUAUACAUUAUUCUAUGGUUAGAAAAUGCUCUGGGUAAACUGACAGAUGAAGGCAACUUCUACCCAGAAAACAUCAGUCGGAUCCUGGACAACUUGCUUGAAGGCUAUGACAAUCGGCUACGGCCAGGAUUUGGAGGUGCUGUCACCGAAGUCAAAACGGACAUUUAUGUUACCAGUUUUGGACCCGUGUCAGAUGUGGAGAUGGAGUAUACAAUGGAUGUUUUCUUCCGCCAGACCUGGACCGAUGAGAGGUUGAAGUUCGGGGGCCCUACUGAGAUUCUGAGUUUAAAUAAUCUGAUGGUCAGUAAAAUCUGGACACCUGACACUUUUUUCAGGAAUGGCAAAAAGUCAAUUGCUCACAACAUGACGACCCCUAAUAAACUCUUCAGAAUAAUGCAAAAUGGAACAAUUCUCUACACCAUGAGGCUUACCAUCAAUGCUGACUGUCCAAUGAGGCUGGUUAACUUUCCUAUGGAUGGGCAUGCUUGUCCACUCAAGUUUGGGAGUUAUGCUUACCCCAAAAGUGAAAUCAUAUAUACAUGGAAAAAAGGACCACUUUACUCAGUAGAAGUCCCAGAAGAAUCUUCUAGUCUCUUGCAGUAUGAUUUGAUUGGACAAACAGUGUCUAGUGAAACAAUUAAAUCUAACACAGGUGAAUACGUAAUAAUGACGGUUUAUUUCCACUUGCAAAGGAAGAUGGGCUACUUUAUGAUACAGAUAUACACUCCCUGCAUUAUGACAGUCAUUCUUUCCCAGGUGUCUUUCUGGAUUAAUAAGGAGUCAGUACCAGCAAGAACUGUCUUUGGUAUCACUACUGUUUUAACGAUGACCACUUUAAGCAUCAGUGCUAGGCACUCCUUGCCCAAGGUAUCAUAUGCAACUGCCAUGGAUUGGUUCAUAGCUGUGUGCUUUGCUUUCGUCUUUUCUGCUCUUAUUGAGUUUGCAGCUGUCAACUACUUCACCAACCUACAGUCACAGAAGGCCAAAAGGAAGGCACAGCUUGCAGCCCAAUCUCCAGUGACAAUAUCAAAGGCAGCAGAACCCUUGGAAGCAGAGAUUGUUGUGCAUUCUGAUUCCAAGUACCAUCUGAAAAAAAGAAUCACCUCGCUGACUUUGCCAAUAGUUCCAUCCACCGAGGGGAACAAAGUCCUUACCAGCACACCCAUCCUACAGCCAACACCUGUCACCCCACCACCACUCUCACCAACAUUUGGGGGCACCAGUAAGAUAGACCAGUAUUCUCGAAUUCUUUUCCCAGUUGCAUUUGCAGGAUUCAAUCUUGUCUACUGGAUAGUUUAUCUUUCCAAAGACACAAUGGAAGUGAGUAGCAGAGUCGAAUAGCUUGUGGCCAGGAAAAUAUAACUCUAUAUAACUUCCUAUUUUCUGUAUUUUUUAAAAAAUCACAAUAGCAUUGAGCCUUGUGUAGAUGCUUUUCUGAUACGAAAUCAAGAUUGAAAAUCUGUAACUCAUAGCUUUGACUAAGCAUGUAUGGAGCCCAAAGCAAUAAUGUUACCAGUCAAAAUUGUAAGUGGGAGAUGGCUGAAAAAUGUAAUGUUUGCAUACCUUAAAUAGAGUUUUUAUAAGAGGAUAAAGUGGAUUCAUGAUGAAUGUCCUUCAUCAUUCAGUACUUUAAUUAUCACUGCAAAUAACAAGGUAACAAUAUGAGAAAUACUGACACUUUCAAAGGUUGCCUUAAAUAUGUUUUUUGGCUUAGUUUACACAAGUGUAAAAUAAAUAUGCAUUAUAAAUAUUCAUCAGUAGGUUUAUACCAGCAUGUUGGAGGCCUUUAUGCUAGCAAAAUGCCUUUUGGUGGCAUUGUAAAGCUUAUAUUGAAUUUAGACAUUUGUUUUUAACCUUGCUGUGCUCUUUUACCUCAGUAAAGUGUGGUAUUGUAUACAUAUAAAUUAUAUAUCAAUCAUAAAUUAUGUAUGCAUUUGUACAUAGCUUUAGUUUUACUGCUAUACUGUGUUGUUUUAUCCUAUUAAAUUCUACUUUAAAUUAAUGUGCUUACCAGAAUUCCAUGCAGUUGUGGAAAAUCUUAGAUUUUAAGGAAGCUCUCUAUAUUAUGGCUGUAGUUACCACUUGUAAUUUCCACCUUUUUUAAAUAUAACACUAAAUAAAAUAUGAAUGAACUUGG